GAAAUAGAGGCGGGGUUUUGUCUUGUUUACAUUCUGCAUAUCAUUUCACUUUGAAAUAGUUACUACUCGCGAGGUGGCAACAUUAGACAGUUUAUAAACAUAAACUAAAAUCUGGGAUAAAUUCCUAAAUCAAAUAUUUAUUUCAUUUGCUACUAGUCCACUGGCGACUCUUGUCAAUUUUGCUGGGAAUUUCUGUGAGGAUUGUAGUGUUUCAAAUUUGAUACUACACAUUAACUAAGGAUAUGGGUUUGGCUGAUGCAAUUGAAAAGCUUAAGAACAUCGUCUACUCGAAGUCCUCCAAGGAUCGUUCAGAAUUCUGCAGCAACUCCCGGGUUUUUGAAAAUUAUGAUCCCACGAGAUUUUAUUAUAUGAAUUGUGGUGAUAAUGGAUCGUAUGUCGACGUCGAGUGUAUCGCUACUGAAGAUUUUAUUCGCGUUUACGGUGUGGACUUUGACAUGCAAUGUUCUGAUUUCCUCGUUCGACUUUGUUCAUUAUGUGGCUUAGAAGCGGUGGAUUACACUUUCUUAGUUCCUUGCGAGGGCCUUUCUGGAGUUUCAGGCAUUUUUUGGCUCUCUGCUCCUUCUAGGAGUAGGCUUGGCCAUUGGGUUAAUUCUGAUGCAACUCAAACAACGCUACCAUCUAUGGUUAGGCUCAUUGCUAAAUGCUGUUUCAAGAAGUCUGCUAAGCUUUAUCAGUAUCCAUUCCUUGACUCGAAGUUCAAGUACCCUAUUACACUCCUAAAAACGGGGAGAGAAUUUUUAAACGAACUGGGACAUCGGAUUACUGUGCAUUUACCAGAAGACUGCACAAUUGUCGUUCGUGGACAUUUAGAUCAACCUAUUAGUAAAGUACUUCAAAAAGUGUCUUCGGAGCGUCAUGUUCAAUUAAACAACUACUACAUUACUGAUCCCCAAAGGGGAACGAUUUUGGAUCCAAAAGAUACAUUCUUAAAUCAAAAUGCAGGCCAAAUUGAACUUAAAGAACGAGAAGUUAAAUCUAGCAAGAACUCAAAGUCACACAAAAAGGGUCAAAAUGAUAACUCUCUGAUAUCUAAUUUGGAAGUGGAAAUCUCUACUGAAAAUAAGCAUAAAAGGCGUCCAGCACCAAGUGUACCUGCUAAACAACAAAUAAUUCAUCGACAUUUAUCACCUUUUGCCGAUGUACCUGACAAGGUACAGUCUUCUAGUUGCGUAACACUGCCAAGUAAGAAAGAUGAUAAUAAAAGAUUGGACGAUAAGCGAAAUUCAGUUGUUGUAUCUCAGGCAAAUAGAGACUCAAUUAGUAAUUGCUCUCAAGAAUUACGGAGUAAAUCAUUUAUUGUGAAAGAUAAAUCAAAUAUGCACAAGCGUAAAUCGUCUACCAUGGUGAAUUCAAAUACAAAGAAGGAAUCCUCGAAAAGAUAUCGUUCUCCUGCACCACCACCACCACCACCACCACCACCACCACCACCACCGCCACCACCACAAAUACUUUCAAGUUUCAAUAAACCUGUUAAUGGUAAUGAUCCAAACAUGCCCAAGUCAACACAUAAAGACUCUCGUAAAUCUGAUUCGCACUUGCUUAAAACGGGUAGUCGCCUAGAUGAUGAGUUCAUAAAAGAAGGCCGCAAAUCAAAUAAAGGCUCAACGCCCAAAAAUCAUUCUCAAGAAAUAGUUACAAAGCCAAGUGUUGUCGAUGUUGUUAACAAUCAUUCAAAUUCUCAUGAGUGUAAACCAUCUACCACAAUGACGUCCAUUACAAAGAAGGAAUCCUCGAAAAGAUAUCGUUCUCCUGCACCACCACCACCACCACCACCACCACCACCACCACCGCCACCACCACAAAUACUUUCAAGUUUCAAUAAACCUGUUAAUGGUAAUGAUCCAAACAUGCCCAAGUCAACACAUAAAGACUCUCGUAAAUCUGAUUCGCACUUGCUUAAAACGGGUAGUCGCCUAGAUGAUGAGUUCAUAAAAGAAGGCCGCAAAUCAAAUAAAGGCUCAACGCCCAAAAAUCAUUCUCAAGAAAUAGUUACAAAGCCAAGUGUUGUCGAUGUUGUUAACAAUCAUUCAAAUUCUCAUGAGUGUAAACCAUCUACCACAAUGACGUCCAUUACAAAGAAGGAAUCUAAGAAAGAAUGUCGUUCUGUAAUACCACCGCCACCUCCUCCACCAUCACCUCCCCCACCAGCUCCAUCGUCUUCACAAUGGAACAUCACUAUGCGUGCUAAUUAUUCGGAUCCAUCACUUAAAGAUUCAGAUUCAGGAGUGGAACCUGUCAAAAGAUUAUCAGUAACAAUUUCAAAUAAUCCUAAAAAUAAUUUACAAUCUCCUAGUGUAGAAAUGCUUACAGAAUUGACAAAUGCUUUCAAAUCUUUAAGAAAAACUAACAGUAUAAUGGAUGGUGAAAAUGUAGACUUUUCAAAAAAACUACCGGUAAAUCGAGGUAAACUUAUUUCAGCUAUUCGACAAAAUUCAUCUGAUACUUCAAAUAAUACAUAUGAUAAAUCUAACAAUGUAAUGCCAUCGGUUAUGGAAUCCGAUGAUUGUUGUUCUGUGGACACAUCGUCGUAAUUAUCAUCGAAUGCUUUGAAACCAUAACCUUAAUGGUUAUAACCAAUUCCAAGUAAUGUCUAUCAAUGUGAAAAAGUCAUAAAGGUCUUUCAUAAAAAUCGUACAUUCAGUUGGAUCUUCAAAUUUAUUUUUGUUUUCCUUACUUACACACACACACACAAACACAUUUGUUUUAAUUUAAUAAGAUGGUUUCUUUUUGUUCGUUUCGAAUCAAAUAAGAAAAGAAAAAAAUACUCCUAAUCUAAUGUAACAUAAUCUACUUAUUUUAUUAUGGUUAUCAUUUGUCAAACAUUCUCAGUUAUGAUUGAAUAAUAACUAUUGUUGUUGCUUGGUUACAUACCAUACUAUGUCAAUUACUUAUGAAAAUUACAUCUUAUUAUGUUUGAUAUUUUUUGUUACUAGUUUCUCAAGUUUUUUUUUAAUAUUUAUCAUGUACACUUAUCUAAUCUCUUUUUUUUUCAAAUCAAUCGUAAUUUCGAUUAAAGUAUAAGCCUUUCAGGUAUACUUUUUCAUAGAUAAAUAUGUUUACAUGAUUUGAAUGAAUCUUUUCGAUGAACCAUUUCGAUUUAUUGUUUUGAAAUGAUAAACUAGUUUUAAUAUCUAAAUAUAAUAUUGUGAUUAU